AUUUUAGGCAUACAGGUGGAUGUGUUGGUCUGUGGAGAGUGACAUAUGUCAUGUCUCAUCUCAGGUACUUGGACCCUGUGAUUCUAGUCAUCAUCUUCACACAACUCUCUGCAGAAUAUGCAAUCCCCCCAGUUGAAUCAGCCUAGUACCGGACCUGAAAUGAGUGGAGGCUUGGACCCUGAAACAAUAUUCCUUAGUGGACUAAAUUAAACGAUGACCAAGCAAUACGGCUUAAAGUGUGUGUGUCAGCUGUGUGUAAACCACACCUGUGAGACGGAUGCAGAUGGUGCUUGCUGGAACUCUGUGAUGCUCAUUAAUGGUAAAGAGGAAGCUGUCAAGUCCUGUCUGUCUCCAUCAGAGCUGAAGGGUCAGGUGUUCUGUUAUAGCUCCAGAAACGUCUCCAAACGCAACUGCUGCUUUACAGACUUCUGCAACAAUGAGACUCUGCAUCUCAAACCAGAGCCGUCGCCUGAAGGCUUUGGCUGGAGUCAGCUGGAACUGGCAGCAGUUAUUCUUGUGCCGUCGUGCUUGGUGUGUGUCGGUGUCGUUCUGGGAGUGUGUGCCAUACAGAGUCUGCGCUGCACACACAUUAAAGCCCGCAAACAGGACCCAGAAGAACUCCUAGACGACCAGACUCUUGCGUCACCUGACAAAUGCUUGAAAGAACUCAUUUUUGACAUGAGCACCUCCGGCUCUGGGUCAGGAUUGCCCCUCUUGGUGCAAAGAACAAUUGCGCGGACUAUCGUGCUCCAGGAGAGCAUUGGGAAGGGCCGUUUCGGGGAGGUGUGGAGGGGCAAGUGGAGGGGAGAGGAUGUUGCUGUGAAGAUCUUUUCCUCAAGAGAUGAGCGCUCCUGGUUCCGUGAGGCUGAGAUUUAUCAGACCAUCAUGUUACGACAUGAGAAUAUUUUGGGUUUUAUCGCUGCUGAUAACAAAGAUAAUGGCUCAUGGACACAGCUGUGGUUGGUGUCAGAGUACCAUGAGCAUGGGUCGCUCUUUGAUUACCUGAACAGGUACACAGUAUCAGUGGAGGGGAUGAUAGUUCUGGCACUGUCCAUUGCCAGCGGCAUCGCCCACCUACACAUGGAAAUCAUCGGCACUCAAGGGAAGCCUGCCAUCGCUCACAGAGACAUAAAAUCAAAAAACAUCCUGAUAAAGAAGAAUGGAAUGGCUGCGAUUGCUGAUCUGGGCCUGGCGGUGAAACAUGACUCCAGCACCAACACCAUUGACAUUCCAAUCAACCACAGGGUGGGCACCAAGAGAUACAUGGCCCCUGAGAUCCUGGAUGACUCUAUAAACAUGAGCAGCUUUGAGUCAUUUAAGCGAGCUGACAUAUACUCAACGGGACUGGUGUUCUGGGAGCUUGCCCGUAGAUGUUCAGUCCGAGGAAUUCAUGAAGAUUUCCAGAUGCCUUAUUAUGAUCAGGUGUCUUCAGACCCAUCGGUGGAGGAUAUGAGAAAAGUGGUAUGCGAACAGAAACUUCGACCCAACAUUCCUAACCAGUGGCAAAGCUGUGAGGCACUGAGGGUUGUAGGUAAGAUCAUGCGGGAGUGCUGGUACAUCAAUCCAGCUGCUCGCCUGACUGCGCUGCGUGUCAAGAAAACUUUAUCUCAGGUGACCGUGGUCAAGGAUGUUAAAGAGUAAAGGAGUGAACCAUUUCAAAUAGUUAGUCUGACAUGCCAAAGAGUUCUGUAUUAGUACAGAUACGGACACACUGUCUUCUGCUGUCACAGGAGCAUUGAAAGGAUCGAUGAAUGAGUGUGUUCUUGUUUUGUAGCAUGUAGAUUACAUUACAUAUGUACAGUAUACUGCUACCUCAACUUAUCCUGUAAGUGCCAAAAGUUUUGAGUUGCUUUGUGCCAUAUGUCUCUUUUGCUUGGUGUCAUAUAUGAAUGUACAUUGACCCCAAAAUAUUUUUGAGAUAUUUGUGGACACUUACGUCACACUUUAAAAUGCCUGAAUGUAAUCAAGUGGCAUCUUCAAACAGAUGUUGCUUGCCAGAGAUUUUCUCAGAACUAAGGUCACUUUUGUGAGUCAUUUUGCAAUGAGGUCUAUGCAGCUAGUGUCAAAGUGAUUUAUUAGAUGUUUGAAGUCAGUUUUAAGUGUCCUUGUGUAACAAGUGCAGAGUUGCCAUGGUUCACGGUUUCCAUGGUUGACAUGAAUACAGUAUUUCACUUUUAUAAAUGUCUGCGUUUGCCCCUGUUGGUUUUCCUCCACUUUUCUUAUAGUUUUAUCAUUUAUCACUUUAAUGUAUAAAUAUUUUGCUGGAAAACCUUUUGUGCUAUCUUAUUAAAGAAAAAUACAUGUUCGUAAUAUUUCAUUCGUUAAUUUAUUUUUAAGUUUUGGGUUAGUGUCCAAAAACUUUUUUAGAGCCACUGAAUGGGCCUCAUUCAUGAAACAUUCGUAAAUAUAUGAGUAAAUUCCGUAAUUUGCGCGUAAAACAGACCUUCCCGAAAACUUUCCUCCGGAUUCACAAAUACUUGUAAACGUCAGAUUUCGUAGUAAAAUGUGUGUAUGUUAAUGAAUUCCAAUCAUUCGUAAACAAGGAGCGCAUGCACGCUCAUUCACAAUUAGCAUAAUCCCCGCCUAUGAAUUACAGAUACGCAAAUUACGUAUCUAGGAAUGCUGGAAUCCUCUGGACUUCAUUCUCUGGUUUGGCUACAUUAUAUUGCAUGAAUGCAUAAGAUACCAAAAAAUUUAUCAAUUAAACUGUGUCCACCAAAGCGUUUUUAGCCUGCUAAAAUAAUAAUACCUGGUGCUCUUCUGAAAACGACCAGCUUGUGGCGCCUGAGAAUGCUUUUGAGGCACUGCGCGUUAUUCUGGAGAUGCGUUGGUUGCAAUGAUUUAGAAUAUCCGCAACAGUUAGCCUAUACUUGUUACUAGUAUCUUAUUUCGAAGAAUAUUGCUGAAUAUGAAAAUGCAGUACACGUUAAUAUUAACUUCUCGACUGUUGUGUAUGAUGGUUGGUCAAUGUAGUGUUUGUCCCGCCUCUUCUCCACUGUGAUUGGACGGCUGUGUAAAAAAGGACAGUGACGAGCAGCUCUGCGUUUUACCCAAAAUAAUUAAAUGAAUUAAAAUGUAAAAAAUGAUUAAAGACAGGACUCAAGAACGCGUGAAAUAUUAGUAUGAUACACGCAGUGUCAUCAGUUUGUCUAAAAGAAUACAGAACGUUACGUGCGGUUUUACGCACUUUUUACACGUGAUAUGGAGCAGGUGUGCAUUUCUUUCGUACCAACUAACAUUUUGAAAAUACGAACAUUUUCAUGUAUACGAAAAUUUACGUCAAAACGACUUUACGAACGAUUUACACAAAAAUCGUUCUGCUCCUGUUUCAUGAAUGAGGCCCAAUGUGUGUAAGGAUAAUAGGUAUGUAUUAGUUCCUCCAUGAACCAGUGUUUUUUUAAAGUAGACGGUCAAGAGUACUGAUGUAUAUACUGUAGAGACCUUAACUUUAAAAGAGGAACAACAUUUUGAAAAAAUGUCUUUUAUUCCAAGAACCAUAUGUUGCUUUUGACAUCACACAUGUAUUGUGGUCUGCACAAAAAAAUACUAACUUUGUGCAAAUUGUGGUUUCCUUAUUAGAGGAAAUGUUAAUGUGUUUUUGAUUGUACUGAAGGAUGAUUUCCUGCAAGCGCUGUUAUUUCUAAAUGUAAAUAAAGGUAAUACAUGUUUUGCUUACAGUAUAUGCAGGUCUGUGACAAACUCUGUCAAUGUCUAUUUUAUGACUGCAAUAUGAAUAAAAAGUGGA